AUUAGUUGUAUAGAUGUUCAUUCAACAAUUUUUUACAUUUUACUUGUGAAGGAAAAUAUUAAUGAAAAACUUAAAAAGAUCUAAACAUUGAAAAAAAUAUCAGAAAAAUUAAUGAAAACGUUAAAAUUAUUCGAUUAACAUGUUUUUUAACAAUUUAAACUUUAAAUGGAUAACAUUAAUCGUGAUACUCCAUCUAAUGGAGAGCGGAACGGCAAAUAUGCGGAAAUGUCCCGAAGAAUGCACUUGCAUGGAGGAUCACGAUCGUUACGUGACUAUGUGCUAUCAGGGCAACAUGACGAGCAUCCCCACAGACGACAUCGACCCAAAUGUGGAUGUAAUUGAGAUAAUUGGACCCAAAAAUGACCUGAUUAUCGGACCAAUCUUCACAGUGUUCAAAAAAUUGGAAGUUUUGAGGAUUAUCGAUUCGAAUGUUCCCGCCAUUGGCACUCAUUCGCUUUGGGGAUUGAAAAGUUUGAGGAUUUUGGAUUUAAAGAAUAAUAACAUUACUCAACUGUCGGACGACAAUUUUCGUGGGCAAGACAACUUGGUAGAGCUGGAUUUGUCCGGAAAUAAGUUAGAACGCUUCCCAAGUGCAGUAUUUCAGUAUUUGACAGGAUUGAAAAUUCUAAAUUUAUCUGAGAAUUUUAUUCAAGAGUUAGUUCAACGGAUGUUUUUCAAGUUAUCGAAGUUGACUUACCUGGAUUUGAGUGGAAAUCCGCUUGAUUUGCUUCCUCCAGAUGUCUUCCGUGAUGUUCAGGAUCUCAAAGUGCUCAAAUGUCGCCGCUGCCAACUGAACAAAAUCAAUCCGCAACUCUACAAUCUCCUCCGCAAUCUCGUCGAACUCGAUUUGGGCGAAAACCAAUUUCAGUAUUUCGAAACUUCCGAAUUUAAUGACCUGAAAAAACUCAAAAAGCUCUAUUUGGAUCACAAUGAGCUGCCUGUCAUCGUCAACAAACUCUUCCUUUCGCAACGUAGCUUGGAAGUUUUGGACUUUUCGCACAAUCGUUUGGCACGCAUACCGGAAAUGGCAUUCCAAAACUUGAAUAAUUUGACAUUUUUGGAUGUGUCGUACAACAAAAUGAAAAUAAUCGAGGAGAAUUGCUUCAGGCCGUUGGUGAAUUUGCACACUUUGAAUAUCAGCGGCAACAUCCAUCUGGAAUUUGAUUUGUUGCAGAAUGAGUUGGAGGUGUUGCAACAUUUGAAGACACUUUCCAUGGCAGAUAUGGGAGCUACGAUGACUUUAUUACCGAUCAACAUUCCACAUUUGCGAAAUUUGAAUUUGUCGGGCAACAGUUUGAACUCGGAUUCGCUCAACUUGAUCGAUUUUUUGGAAGAUCUCGAUAAUUUGGAAUUAGAUUUGUCACGGAAUCAGUUCAGUGAAAUCGAUACCAAGUAUGUCGAUCGUAUCAGCAGCAUUAAAGAUGUCAAAUUAGAUCUUAAUCCAAUCGUUUGCGAUAACUGCCAUAUGGGAGCACUCAUAAACCGAUCCAAAGAACUGCCAUGGAAGUCGAUUCCGAUAUGUUUUUUGCCGGAAAAUCUUCGGGGCAAUUCUAUCAACAGCUUGGAUGCGUACAUCUUGGAUGACUGCAUUGACUUUGAUAUGUAUGAGAAUAAUAAUGCCGCCAGCAGUUCUCUCAACUUUAUUGAGCAAGUAUUGAUUGGAAAUAUGAAUUGGUUUGCCUUGAGCGCCGCAGUCCUAAUUGCUGUCAUUGCCAUCAUCUUUUUGCUCUUUUCGGUCUUUUACGGAAAUCAACAACGAACUUAUUAUACGAAUGAAAGUAGAGAAUCUGUGGAAGAAAAUGCAAAUGGAGAAAUAACAGAAGAUUGCAAAGUUCCUUUGAAUGACAACUCGAUAUGUACAAUACAGGAAAAAUGCCAACCACUGAGUCUCUUGAGUCAUAAUGACUCAAAUUAUCCACAAAGCUCGUAUUACUACCAUUAAAUUAACCUUAAGUCAGAUAAAUUUUUAUUUAUUUUGAACCAAAAAAAAAAAAAAAAAAUACUUGAA